AUGACUCGCUUGUUUCGAUCCAAAUCGUGUGGACAUGUUGAAGUGGAGGAAUUCAAGCGGCCGCCGCCUCCGCCGAGCUCGUAUUACGAUAGCGACGACGAGGAAGAAGAAGAGGAGGAGGAAGACGAGGACGAUUAUUAUGGAGAUGGGGUUGGGGUUUGUGUAAAUCGAAAUGGGUAUGGCUCUGUUUUGAGAAAUUCGAUCUCUGAUAGCGAUGAGGACAAGCAGGAGGAAGCUACAAAGCAUAGUAACAAUGGCAAUCAGUUUCAGAUUCUUGACAUUUUGGUCACUGCAUUGAGGAAAUCGUUGGUUACUUGCAGCGUUGAAAGGGAUGAUGUUUCUUCGAUGGAUAUCAGCUCACCUGUGAAUGUCAGGCAUGUUUCUCAUGUGACGUUCGAUAGGUUUAAUGGGUUUCUGGGUUUGCCUACGGAGUUCGAGCCUGAGGUGCCAACCAGAGCGCCUAGCGCCAGUGCUAGUGUUUUUGGAGUUUCUGCGAAGUCAAUGCAGUGUUCUUAUGAUGAUAGAGGAAAUAGUGUGCCAACGAUUCUUCUUAUGAUGCAAAAGCGAUUGUAUUCAGAGGGAGGUCUAAAAGCAGAAGGGAUUUUUCGAAUAAACGCUGAGAAUAGUCAGGAAGAGUUUGUCCGAAACCAACUAAAUAGAGGCAUAGUGCCACGAGGAAUCGAUGUUCACUGUUUAGCAGGCUUGAUUAAGGCAUGGCUUAGAGAACUUCCUACAGGAGUGCUUGAUACGCUAACCCCAGAACAAGUGAUGCAAUGCAACACAGAAGAACACUGCAUUCAACUUGUUAAACUACUCCCUCCCAUGGAGGCUGCCAUCCUUGACUGGGCUAUCAAUUUGAUGGCAGAUGUUGUGCAACAUGAGACGUACAACAAGAUGAAUGCACGCAACAUCGCAAUGGUUUUUGCACCGAACAUGACCCAGAUGGCUGAUCCCUUGACUGCAUUAAUUCAUGCUGUACAAGUAAUGAACUUGUUAAAGGUCCUUAUUCUUAAGAUCCUCCAAGGAAGGGAAGAAUCAGAGGCCAACCAGCAGUCCUCUUGCUUGGAUCCUCCCAACCACAAUACUAACACAAAAUCUUCAAACUCAACCAUUGGUGAAUCCUCCACGAAACUGCCAAAUGCUAUCGAUUCCACUGCAAGCAAUAAUGCAAGAUGUAACAGCUUAGAUAGCGCUGACUACACUUAUGGAGGAAAGUAUGAAAGCUUUGAAGAGAAAGAAGAAGAAGAAGAAGAGCAAUACCAUUCAGCUUCUGGGAGCACUCCAACCAGAUAUGGAUGUGAAACAAGUGAGUGGCUAAGUUUGAGAAAAGGGGUGAGGAAGCUAUGCAGGCACCCUGUAUUUCAGCUGAGUAAAUCAACUAAGAAGAGUAGAAGUUUAGGAGUUGUAACAUGUACGUACUAGGGAAGUGCUGACUGCUAAGGAAGGGUUCAUAUAUUGCUUAGGCUUUGCUGGGAUUUGUGUAAACAGAUGUAAUGAAACAGAUGAGUGUUUGAUUUUAACUGGUUGGAAUUGGAUAAAUGUCAAAAGUUUCUGUAA